UGGCCUUGCAUCGAUCGCACACUUGGGAAUUCAGCAAGUAGUCCUCUGUUUGAUUUCAUUGACCCGGCCUGUCUGAACCUUCCUACCAAUCUCAAAGAAUUUCAACAGCGCACCAAUCAAAACUUCAUUCACUUUCACGCCGCGUACGUUAUAAUGAUUACCCUCGGCCUCCUCGCAAACCAUUAG